CCGGGACCGACGUGGCCGGCCGGGGAGGGGGGGGGCGGAGCCGAGGGGCCGCCGGGCGGGGCAGGCCCGCGCCGAGCCGCGGCUGGAUGGCAGCGGCGGACCGGGACACGAGAUUGGCCAGCCCAGCUGAGACCUCUUAGCGAUGACAAAGCAAAAGCUUCUGCUUGAUGGGACACUCUCCUUGUUCCUGAUUGUGGCCUGUGAAGCUCAGCAGCUCCCGGCGGGUCAUGUUGCUGCAAGUUCUGGUCCUCUGUGUGAGAAGGAGACACCAACCUUAGGAAACCUUUUCAGCGUCGAGCGCCUGGAUGCCUGGAUCUGUUCCCUCAUCGGUUCGUUCAUGGUGGGGCUGAGUGGGGUCUUCCCCUUGCUGGUGAUCCCAUUUGAGACAGGAGCUGCUCUGCGAUCAGAAGCUGGAUCACACCGUUUGAAGCAGUUGCUGAGUUUUGCCAUUGGUGGGCUAUUGGGGAAUGUGUUUCUGCACCUGCUUCCUGAAGCCUGGGCCUACACAUCCAGUGCAACGACAGAAGGGCAGAGCUUUCAGAAGCAGAAGCUGCUGGGUCUCUGGGUGAUCAUUGGUUUCCUGACCUUCCUGGUGCUAGAGAAGAUCUUCCUAGAGGAAGAAGAGAAGGAGUGCCCUGGUGCGGUCUGUGAUUCCAAAGCACCAGCUGGAAAGAUGCCAAAUGGAAGUGGCUAUGCACUGCCAAAGGUGGCAGGCCAAUCCCAAAGGGCAGGAACAGAUUUAGCUCAGUGUAAUGGCUCUUCUCGCCGGUCCUGUCCAACAGACAACAGAAUCAAGAUUAGUGGAUACCUCAAUCUGCUGGCCAACACCAUUGAUAACUUUACACAUGGCCUGGCAGUAGCAGCCAGCUUCCUGGUUAGCAGAAAGGUUGGAUUCCUAACCACAAUGGCCAUUCUCCUGCAUGAAAUCCCACAUGAGGUUGGAGACUUUGCAAUCCUACUUCGGGCUGGCUUUGACCGCUGGAGUGCAGCCAAGAUGCAGCUUUCCACAGCUUUGGGAGGGAUUCUAGGAGCCUGUUUUGCAAUAUGUGCUCAGUCGCCAAAAGGAGCAGGGGAAACAGUAGCCUGGAUCCUCCCUUUCACUUCUGGAGGAUUUCUGUAUAUUGCCUUGGUAAAUGUUGUGCCUGAUCUCUUGGAGGAAAAGAAUCCUUGGAACUCCCUGCAGCAAAUCCUGCUCCUGUGUACAGGCAUUACAGUCAUGGUGCUACUCUCGCUCACAACUGAGUGACCUCUGUGAAGACCUCAUGAUGCCUCCCAGAGCCACCACAGUGACUCUGAGCUGUUACAAAGCAAUAAGGAACACUAACGUUAUUUCCUAUGUGUGUGUGCGCAGAUCUGGCUGCUAGUAUGAGAAGCAGGUGAGAAAGAGUUCUGGAUGUGCAGGACUUCAUUCUCUGGCUCUCCUAUCCCUGUUCUGCUAAAAUCCACACAUCAGGGCUUCCUUUUAUUUUCUUCUUAUUAUUUUUAUUGAGCAAAAGAUGCAGUGAGCAGAAAUGAACUGAAAACUGCUCCACAGCGAAUGGACAAUGUUUUGUUUGGUUCAUUUUGUUGGAACUGCACCUCCCAAGCUCUUGUGUGAAAACAACAGAGGUCAUUCCUGUAGCUGAUGAAGAGGAAGGACUUUUCCUACCACUUUUAAGGGCUGGAGGCAGAACAGAGAUGGCAAAGCAACAAUAAACCAACAGCUUUAGCCAGAACUCCCUACCCAUGAGGAGUUCACGGUGCUACGAGACAGAGGGGAAAGAACCCUUUCCAACUUGAUCUUCAGCUUUUAAUUGAUAUCACAUGUUCCUAAAGGUAGUUUUAGCCUCAGCAGCCCACAUCUUUGGUCUGUUUUGUAUUUGUUUAUGUUAAAAUCAAGCCAAAAGCUUGAGGCACUUUAGGAUAGGUCACUAUAAUUAAAUGGCUCAGCUUGGUGAUUACUUGCCUCAGCCCUAACCACUCCAAUACCAGCACAGCCUGUUUGUCUGAAAAAUGGUCAGUAAAUGUUUCUUCUGUUGCCAUGCUACCAGCUCCCCUACAGCUGGAAGGAAGCUGUUGUGACUGAGCUCCCUCUUCUCAUAACCAUUAGCUGAACGUGGCUGAGCUUGCUGUCACCCACCAUCUGCCCCACACCAUGUUUCAGAGCUCUCUUGCAGUGUGGCAUGUUAGGCCUGCCUGGCAUGAUACAUGGCAGAGGUCUGGGCAUCUGGGGCAAUAGCAGGAUACUACAGCCUGGUCAGCAGCCAAUAGCUUUUCCUCUGUUCAGUGUAGCCUGUUUAAGAGCAUGCUAUCACCAAAAAUAUAGAUGGUAGCCUAUUUCUGGGCUUCUUACCUCACAGUGGAGUUAGUAUGUUGGGGAUGAAUGGAUAAGAAAUAAUACUGACAGCCCUUAAAGGAAGGGGCACAGCAGUGAAGAAUGCUGGAGGGAAGUGAAUUGGGAAGGGUGAAACUGCUAGAGAAAAGAUUUUAAACAUGGGUCUGGAAGAGCUUUGUGCUAAAAAAUGGGUCUAGAAAAAGCUUUGUGCUAAGGAGAAGAGAAAGGGUCACAGUAAGUGUGCUUUAAGAGGAGUUUCCUAUUGUAUGACACUUGGGAUAAAUUUUUGGGCAAUUUGAGACCAAUAAAAAUAAAUGACAUUUCUAGUGCUUUCCUGCAUUCCAGCUCACAGGGUUGACCAGGCCAUCAUUCCACAGGCUGUUUUGUUGCCACAGAGAUGUGCACAAUUAAUAGAUCAUCCCUUCUGCAGAUCUUAUCUUUGCUUAAGUCUAUUUAAAAACAGGUCUAAUUGAACUAGCAGAGUCAUUGCACACAGAACAGGUGCCAAAAUGGGAAUUGCACCAACUCAGCUCUGUCCUUAAACAGCUUCUGUAAAUCGGCACAGCCCUCCAGUCUGCAAAGGGCCUUAUCAAGGGGGAUCGUGCCUUGAGAGGGCGAUUUGGGUCAGAGCAACAAGGCAGGUGUGCUGCCCGCAGCAGAGGUAUUUACUUCCCGAAGCGAUUCCUGAACUGUUGACACAGUUCUUUUUUUAUGACAGCUCCUGUCCUAGUUUCCAGAGAGCGCUGGAGAGCUCAUGCUCGCAGUGCUCUCUGCCCAGGAACUGCUGUCUUAAAAUGCUUUCACCUUUCCUUACCCCAGGCUCACACCAGUAACUUGUUUCACUGCAACAAUGAGGGAGGAUUAGUGUAAUUUUAUUACUCCUCUUUAACAGUUGCCUUCAUUUGCCAACUACUCCCUCCAGUCUGAAGGUAGCAUCCACUUUCUGCUUUCCUGGAAGGAUUAAUCUGGUUAGCCUGCAGGGACUGGGGGAAUAUGCUAACCCUGUAGUUUUAGCUUUGGGGGUGUCCCUCCAGCUGAGCUAAAUGGACCCUGUAGUAGAUUCUGGAGGAAGGUGGUUUGCAUGGAACGAGGUGCCUGCUGUUUCCCAAGAGGAGGCUGGCAUUUCAGUUGAGGCAUUGCCAGGUGAGUGCCCAUGAGUUGGUGGUGUUGCAUCAGCACUCAGCCUUGCCAAGACUGAAAACCACAGUCAGUGCUCAGCGUUCAGGAAUGUGAAGUGGAUGACACUGAAGAAAGGAUUUCUGAGUUGUUUUUCUUGGCUGCUACAACAGACCUGGACAGUCUGCGGUUCUUGGGAAGAUUCCUGGGUAGCACAGGGCUUAUGGGAGGGAGGGGCUCCUUGGUUUUCCACUACAUCAGCCCUAGGGCUGAGGAUGGAGAACCUUGGGAGGAAAUGGAGCAUCACUCCACCACAUUUGUCACUUUUGAAAAUGCAGAGAGAAUCGUAUUUUCUAGCUCUAUUUUUUCAGCUGCUCUUAUGCAUUUUCCCUCUUCAUCUGUAUUGGUCUGCUCUGCAUGGAGACAAUAGAGAUGAAAUAAAUGGUUUUCCGUGUG